AUGGGAGCACGAAGUAGUCGGAUGCCAUGGCACUGGUGGGGGCGUGCCCCAGAGGAGCCAGGUGCCAGUGCAGGGAAUGAGGAGGCUGAGGAGGCGGUAGUGGCAGAGAGAGAGGAAGGGAACGAGAGUGAAGAGGCCAGACCCGCCGCCCGUAAGAGGAGCCGCAAGCGGAAGACAGGCCCAGGGGGGCCGCUCACAAAAGAGCCCCGCCGGAAACGUGCUAAAGAUCAUUCAGGGUCCAUUUAUGAGGCUCUCUUCCUGAGAGGAGAAGGGAGCGACGUGCGGAUCUGCGCACUGGGGGAGGAGUGGAACUUGCAUAGGGUCCACUUGUGCCAGUCAGGGUACUUUGCUAGUAUGUUCAGUGGUGCUUGGUGGGAGACAAACAUGGGUACUAUAGAGAUGCAGAUGCCUGACGAGAACAUUGAUCGCGAGGCACUGCACGAGGCUUUAGGUUCCCUGUACCGAGGCUCCAUUCUCAUCCCACCUGGUCGAGUCGUCGCCAUCCUGGCCACAGCCAGCAUGCUGCAGCUGGACAAGGUGAUUCAGCGGUGCGGGGAGGUCAUGAAGGAGACUGUCAGUGCCCAGACCGUGUGCAGCUACUACUACUCUGCUGAAAGCUACGGACUCCAGAACAUCAGGAUCAUGUGUCUUCAGUGGCUGCUGGACAACAUGAUGACCCAGUGUAGUGAGGGGCUAUUGCGAGAAGUCAGCCUGGAUCUCAUGAGAGAGGUCGUUGCCUCUUCACAGCUCUUGGUGAUGGGGCUGGAGAUGGACGUGUACACCAUGCUGAAAAUGUGGAUGUUCUUGCAGCUGCAGCCGACAUGGAGGGGCCCGCGCAGGGCCCUAUUGCCUGACACCAACUCAUGGUUUGCCAGGUCCAGGAGGAAUUCGGAGGGCACCCCUUUCCUGGAGACCGAGCAGGGCAGAGCCUUCGUGCCAGUGUUCCAGCAGCUGCGGCUUGCCUACAUAAUCUGCGACCUGACGUCAGCACUUGUCAUCCACAAGGAUGCGCUGAUCCCUCCCGCUUGGUUGGGUCCUGUGUACCAAGAGCAUUGGCUUGGCCCCCUCCAGACUGAGCAGACCAGAGAGCUCUGGCCCGUGGACGUCUACGUGUCCGACCCCCAGGGGAACAGCAUGCGGUGCGGGGGCCAGCUCCACAGGGACAAGCAGUGCAGCUGGCGGUGGGAAGGCUUCAAACUCAGCUGGGACCUGGUGGUGUGCUACGCCAACCAGUGCAUCAUUUUCCGGUGCAGCGCACAGAACAAGUACAGCAGCCUCGGGGUCAGCCUACUCGGGGAGGGAAAGGUCGCGUUCCGCCUGUGCCCGUUCUCCUUGGACAGGGAUGGGAGAGCCAUUUUCAGGAAGGACACAGAAUACCAGAUGCUUUCCCUGAGACAAAAUCAAGAGCUAGUGGUAAUGAACCUGGAAAACCAAGACGUGGUUUUCCCCAUAUAUGUGGCCUGUAACUUCCUGUACCUCCACAGAGGGGGGCGUUUCCCAGGGUGUUUGCCCCUGCAAAGAAGCUUAGAGAACUGA